GUGGGCGAAACCAACUGUGGCGUAGGUGGAGAUGGCAGGGGGAGGAGACAGAGAUGUGGAAUUAAAUUUUUACCCUGAUCUCAAUUAGUUGCUCUAAAUAGAUGUUUAAACAGACGAACGUGGGAUUAUUUUCUUAAUGUUGGGGGUACGACGACGACGACAACAACAACAAAACACUUUUAGAAAACAAUGUUCAGCUGCCGGAACUGCAGAUUCGCUGUGCACUCGCUAGAGCUCCCGUGUCGCUGUGAGCUUAACUUUUUUUCUCGCUCCGCCCCCCCCCACUCCUCCUCUUCGUGAGAUGAGGGCCGCGGCCCCGAAGUUCCCAUCACUGGACGAGGUUUAGCUCCCAACUCACCUCGUCAGCAGCAUCAUCACCACCACCACCACCUUUGGCUGCAAAGUGAAAGUAAGAGGGCAACCGAGCUGCACGGAGGUGAGCGUUAGGCCGCGCGGAAGAUGUAGAGCCCAGCCGCGUAAAAAACACAAAACAAAAACAGUUUUAACCCGCACGGCCCUGGGGGGCCCCACGGCUCCUCUCAGAGCUCUCGGCCGACCGCUCCCCCCACCCCCCUCCCGCCCCCCCCCCCCCCAAAUCGCGGCGUCGACGUUAGCAUGGCCGAGCACGGGACGUCGCCGCCUCCUCCUCCUCCGCCGCGGCGCACGAGCGCGCGCCUCCUUCAGCCGACGCUGCGAAUACUUCUCGUGGCGCUGAUGGCCCCCGGGUGCGCCAACCCGUGGUGGUCGGCCUCACCGCCCGCCGAGGCCGCCGAGGCCGCCGCUGCCACGUCCGUCUCACCACCCCCCCCGCAGCCGGAGGCCACCGCCGCCGCGGGCCACCCACCGGGCCACAUGAAACCGCUGGGCUCGCACGCCCCGCCCGAGGGCGACGCGUGGUCUCUCUCCGCGCCUCCGUCGGCGUCCUCCUUCUUCCGCGACUUCGUGUCGCCGGGCCGCCCCGUGCUCCUCCGCGGCGCCGCGGCGCGCAUGCCCGCCUACCGGCGCUGGUGCGACGACGCCUACCUGAGCGGCCGCUACGGCUCGCUCGAGGUGACCGUGGAGCUGGGCAGGAAGGAGAACCGCUCGGCGGGCGUCUACAGCAGCAGCCUGGCGUCGUUCCUGCGCUCGUUCGCGCGCGACGACGUCUACGCGGUGUGCAGCCUGCCCGCGGCGAUGCGCCCCGAGGUGUGGCCCCCGCCGUGCCUCGCGUGCGGCGGCCUCCAGCGGUCGCUCGUCGACUCGGUGCUCUGGCUCAGCGGCGGCGGCACCAAAUCGGUGCUCCACUACGACUCGCUGGACAACGUGAUCUGCGUGCUCGCGGGACGCAAGCGCUUCUUCCUGGCCGACCGGGAGGAGCUCGCGCGCCUGGCGUCGGGCCACGCGGACGCCGCCGCCGCCGAGGACGCCGACGAGGAGGAGUUCCUCGUCGGCGUCGACGUGGACCGCGUGGACAUGUACCGCUACCCGGGGCUGCGCCGCAUGCGGUGGUACAGCGCCACGGUGGACGCCGGCGACUGCUUCUUCGUCCCGUACAAGUGGCUCCACCAGGUGAACUCGGACGCGGGCAGGAGCCUUGCGGUUAACUUUUGGUUCGUGCACCUCCGCUGGUUCAACCAGACGGACUGCGAGAAGACGCCGUCGUCCGAGGGCGUCCCUCUGAGCGACUACCGGAUGGCGUCCACGUUGGAGCUGCUGAGGUCCCGGGUGCUCGAGGACUUUGAGGGGCGAGACGUGGUCACGCCGGGCGAGAUGAAGGAAUGGCUGCGUGCACGGGGCCAGACGAACGGCAGUGAGAUCCUCGCGCGGUUGUUCCAGGCCAGCGACAGUGAUGGGGAUGGCGCCCUAAGCAUGGAGGAGCUGUACACAGCCCCUGCUGAGAUGUUCGCCUCUCUACUGGGCGUCGCCGGUGAUACAAAGACGGAGGGCGAGCCUGGGCCUUCGCCUCUGCACCAGGCGUCUCAGCCGCAGGCGCAGCAAGCACGCACGUCUGAUGAACUAUGAACACGAACACGCGCACGCACGCACGCACGCGCGCGCACCGCACCGCACCACGCGUCCGUGUGUGUGUCAACCAAUUCUGACAGCUGGCUGGACGCUAAUACGAGUGAUGCCGUAUUGUACGGAUUCUAAGACGCGGUUUCCCUCUUGUGUUUAAAGAAAACGUUGGGUGUGUGCUUGACCAGAUUUGUGUAACAAGUUUUUUGGGUUGCGUUACUUUCCGGAGCGCACUCUUUAACCCGCAGUGCGAUUUAUGGAGGGGGGAAAGGUGCGAUGGAGAUCCCUUCCACCAUGCCCCCUCUGCACGCUGCGUUACACCACGAUACUGUGUGUAUAAUGCACACGCAGCCUUGUUUGAGACCGCCAAUUCAUUCAAAGGAGUCUAAAAUAACAUGGCCACCACGCGUUUCACUGUUUUUUUUUUAACGUGCGUGGUCCGAAACAAGGAUGUGUGCAUAUCCGCAUGGUGGCCAUAUGAGUUUCAAGGCAAGAUGGGAGGGAGACCGAGCCUUCGGUCACAAUUUUGUAUUUUUUUAUAUCUAUACAUUACCUUUUGCAUUUAUCAUAGAUCCAGUUUAUGCGCGUGGUGUCUGUGUACGUACAUGCACGUGUAUGCAUGAGGGGAACGGUGGUGCAAUGGUUAGCGCGCUGCUCACGGCCAACAACAGUGACGAAUAUUUGAAUUUGUUCUGGGCCUCCCCUAGGUGGGCUCACACAAUGUACUAAUUUGAGUGUGUAAACGUAGUCACUGGGGAGACAAAGGCGGCCGGGCGUGGUGCCGGCCACCCACCCACCCCUCGUGUGUCGUGCCGGCCUUCAUAGGUGCUCGCUAACAGCACUUGCCCCAACAUUCCUUUGAGGCUAUAAGGGGGAUCUUUGUCUUUAUAUUCAUACUCUAAUAGUCUUAAUGAUCAUCCUAAACACAAUUGCAAUGGCCAUCUGGUUCAUUUGAAGUUUUAUGUUGCAAUGUGAAAUUUUAAUGUGCAGCUUCGUAGUCAGUUGUCUUCAUGCAGUUGUUUUGUAUUUCGUGCGACAAUGGAGGGAGUGGUGCUCGCAAAAUGGGAAGUAGUUCAGCAACUGAUUUCAAACUGCUUCAUUGCUUGUGAUGAAAUGUGUACACUUACACGCUUACAUAUGCAUGCAAGCAGGUACUUGCAUAGAGGCUUUUUAUGGAAUGAUAUUCUUGGUUCUUUCGGUAAAGUCACCACGUAGAAGGGAAACAAUAAAAUAAUAAAAAUAUAAAACAAUAAAAUUCUCACGACGUUUCGACUGCAACACAAGCAAUCA